GUUAUCUUCCCUUACAUAGGGAGCCACAACCAUACCCGUGUAUCGCCCCGAGCUUCGCCGAGAAACCCCGCGGACACUUGCCUCGAUCUGUGCAUAUCGAAUCAACAUGGAAAGUGGAGAUGAGAGGCCUUAUCGGUCCCACACGAAGCCUGCAUGUAUACCUUGCCGCCGCAGGAAAUCGCGAUGUAAGAUUGAGCCUCACUCAGAGGACUGUCUCAUGUGCCGUGUCCAUGGCACGGAAUGUUCAUUUCCUGACGGCAGAGCAAAAAGGACACCCCAAAAGCGGCGUGCAUCGAAGGUUGCUCCAGUGCUACCACCUCCAUCAUUAAGAGCACCUGCUGCAUCUGCUCAAUCGCUGGGCAUAUCCCCUCUUGUGGCAGCUUCACCUCAGUUCCCAAUUCCAACACAGGAACAAAGCGAUCAGGAUACACCUUUGUCUCUUGAAGCUGAAGACGACAAUCCGCACAUUCUUGGGCCGGCGGUGACUGGUGAUAAUCACAUCUUGGCUGAUUAUCUCUCAAACAUUUCAGGUGGACAAGGAAUUCGUGAGAUUCGUCCCGUUGAGCCUGGCAGCUCCUCGUCUCCUGUGAUCUUUACAAAAGUACAGAAAAGACCAUUCGGUCUGACUUGGAAUUCCAACCCGGCACUUCAUAAGUUGCAGGUUAUUGAAAAGCUCGUCGAACCAUGGGGUCCGCAUCUUAUUGAUCUGUAUCUGAAGAAGAUCAACCCUUGUAUGCCCCUACUUGACGAGAAGUCAUUCCGAGCACAGUAUACAAGUGCUAGACAUCGCAUCUCACCGGCGUUGCUAGCAUGUCUGUAUGCCCACAUGCUAACAUUCUGGCAACACGAUCCUCUUCUGUCAUACGAAAGGUGUCCGGACGUUCGUUUUGUCUGGAAUCUUGCCAUUGAAGCAUCGUACUCUGAGCUGCACGCCUCUGCUGGAAUAUCGACAAUCAAAGCCAUUUUACUUGAUGUAGGUGGCCGCCCAACGACAUCAAUGACAGGCAAUGGUGUCAGGCUUGCUUCGGCGACUGCUUUGUGUCAUUCUUUGGGAUUAAAUCGGAAUCCCCUGCCAUGGGACAUUCCAAAAGCCGAGAAAUAUUUGAGAAUGAGGAUAUGGUGGUCUAUAUUGCUUCAUGACCGCUGGUCCAGCCUCGCAUAUGGCACACCUCCUCACAUCAGAAGAUCCCAAUAUGACGUGCCCCUACCAAUGCCUGAAUAUCUAUCGGGCUCAGAGCGAGACAGCGAAGCCAAUGCGGUGUUUAUUGAGCUCAUGCGCCUAACGGAAGUGUUGGAUCUCUGUCUGGAGCACGUUUACAACAUUCAUAUUGCCGCAGACCAUCCAACCAGGAAUCUUGAGUUGGAGUUGAAUAAAUGGGUUGAUUCACUCACUGGGAAUAUCCGCAGGAUUGUCAUUCGGGGCUCGAACCUCGAGACCCCCGGAGCCUCAAAUCUGCGUCUAGCAUAUUUAGCAACAUGUCUUCUCCUCCGACGAAUCGACCUAGAUCGAGAAAGACGGUCAGAAGUUCCCAGUGGAGAGCAGAUGGCGAAUCGCAUCAUGGAGGCCCGCAGAACCGCAGAAGACAUUGUGUUUUUGGUCCAGGAACUAGGCGAAGCACAAUUGGGAGACUUUUGGCUUCCUGUUGUCGCAUUCACAUUUUCAUCAACUGUGACAUUCUUGAUUCGUUGCGCAUUGGAGACAGAGCAGGCGGCCGGUCUAUCACAAAGUACCUCGCUUCGGAUGGCGAAUGACUUCUUAGCAUCUUUGCGAUCGCACCAGAAGAACUUUGGGUGGGACCUCGCUGAUAUCUGUUUAGCCCAACAUUCGGAAGUCAUUGAGAAGCUGUUGAGAUCGGGACCACCAGCCGAUACUUCUGAUGUAACACAUGCCGAGUUAAGUCAGCAUUUCAUGCCGGAUAUGUCGUUUGUGGAUGACAUGUUCCCAAGCAUUUGGGAUACGUUGCAAAGUAUAUAG